GGUGUUGUGAGGGUGUGUUGUUGUGAGUCGCACUCUCUACCCGCGCUCUAUGUGAAGCAUUAUUUUUCUUCUUGGUUAAUUUGAAUGUAUUUCCGUAGUUAAUUAUUUGGCCUAUAAGUGACGAUAGCAAGUGGUAAUAAACUCAGACACGGCAGAAAAAUAACAGCAAAUUUGCACUUGUAUCGUGACAAGAUACAGCUAGAUGGUGUGUUAAUACAUCACUCCCUCUCUCUGUAUUUCCAGCGAGGCAGUAUCCUAACCUAAAGUGUAAAAAUACUGCACGUGAUACAUAUAUUUUGUUGACCAGUGCAACUGCAGUAGGCUUCAGCAACAGAGAAUAUUAGAGCGGGUGACGCCGGUGGAUCACAGCCUUCUCCUUGCAGUAUGAAAAUGUGGUGAGGGCGUGGUGGCGUGGAUGUGAGAGAAUAUGGUCUCCGGCUCCUCCACCAGCGCCAGCCACGACGGUCAUGAACCUGAGCGGGAACAGCUGAGCUUCGACGUCAACACUGAGGGUCUUCCUCCUGACACAGCAGCCCUCGUUGACCAGAUCAAACAGGUAGCAGAAGAUGUGCUCUACCACUGGAAGACCUUCCCACUGCACCUGCCCCCGCCCGUCGCCGUUCACCACGACCAUACCUCCACUUCCUCUUCAGGAAACUUCGGUGUUGUGGGAGUGGGCAAUGGAGGUGCUGGGCUUGGUAGUGGAGGCAGCGCUGCAGGGGCAGGUGCUGGAGGCCGAGCCAAGCCUCUGGUGCUCAGAGACGUAUUUGUGGUGCCCUCCUUCGACGAGCUUGAUGCUGUAGCUGUAGACUCCAAGGGUGAUCCACGGCGUCUCUCAAACCAACACCUCCACUCCAUCCGUGAGAAGGGGUUGCAUCGAGACAGUCAGGGGAAACGACGCCGUCUCAACGAUUACCAGCUGGAAUCUCUUCUACGUUCAGGAGAGUUUGAGGUAGAGUCACUACACUUCCCAGGUCAGACUCAUCGAUGGCAAGUGUCUGGAUGGCUUCAGAAGGGCAGCGAGAAAGCACAUAACUCUCUGUUAGAUGAUAUAGCUCUUGCCCUCUCCCUUAUUGUUGUCACUGCCAAGAACAGACUGUCCUCCCCAUUGUUCUCACUCUCUCACUCUCUUCACUCAGUCUGGCAGGCAAUUCUCAUGCUUGUAGAUCUAGCAGUAGGCAUUCCCUGGGUUCAAGCUCAUAACUUGGAGGCACGGAUGAAGGAAGAGCGCUGUAGUUACCUAGUACAGGAGCUAACAUGCAAAGAUGGUGAUGUAGAAGGCCUAUGCUCGUGGAUGGUUCAGCAGAUAAAGCGUGCCACAAGAGAGAAAUUUCAGCUGACAGAUGAGAAACAGCCACCAGUACCAUAUAUCUUCACUACUCCCCAGGGCCUGGAGCUGGAUCUCCGGCUCUUUAACAGGUACACAUACAUAAAUUUUGGGGUGAGUAAACUGACCGAAGGGAAUCGUCUAGUACAAGAGGAAUAUUUGGGUCGUGUAUAUACUGUAAUCCUGGCACACCCAGGCCUCCAGGAACUUGGUCCCUCCGUUCCAUUACUACUAAUCAAUCAUGCUAAAGCAGUUUUACUUAUGCACAGGGCACUAGAUGAAGUAGAGAGAAUAUACGAGGAGGGUGAACGUUCCCGGCGAGAGGAGCUCAAGCAUACACAUUCCAUAUUUUCCCGUAUUGAACCUUGGUUGGCUGAUCAGUUAAGUGCAACUCAUGAUACCUUAACAGAGCAACAUAAGUGGCGGCCCCAUGAACAUGCUUUGGCACUGUGUCGGCAACAUGACCUUCAGCAGCAUGCAUACUUUCUCCAGAGAGAUCUUUCUUUUAUGAGAGAGAGGGAACCAGUUCUGAUGAAUGAGCUGAAGAACCUGAAAGUUGCUAUGCGAGUGUUUCAGUGGCGGGCACAAGUUUGGUUUCCUGGCAACUACAUAGUCAGUCGUAGUUUUCAAGGAGAGAGUGAAAUAAUUCCCACGGUAUUGGCAUCUUCUCCCACUUGUAUUACAACUCCACGCACAGAUCCAAAUCACCCAGUGUACUUGCUAGAAAAACAGUUGAUCAGAACAACUUCUACACGUUGGCCUUUUUGGCGCUGGUUUAAUUUUUUGCAUAGAACGUGGGCCUGGACGUCUAAUGUACUCUUCUUCUUUGGGGUAUGGUUACCUCUGUGUUCUCCAGUCAGUCUAAGGGCUCUUCUGUGCCAAGAUCCAUUCAUGUCAGAUUUUGAGUUGUCCCAGGUAAAUGGAACAGUGUGCCCAAGUAAGACCUCACUAACUCCAACUUUAGCCUCUCGGUUACAUACUCUCUGGAGGCACAUUUCUAAAUCUCGGACCCAUUUUGAAACUACACCUGACACAGGUUUCAUUGGUAAAGGAGUGACGCGACACAUGAAUCGUGCUUGGAACUAUGUCAUGAAAGGCAUUGUUGGCACAUUACUACUCACCACUGUGUUUCCAUUAACUUGUUUACUGGUGUCUGUGGGCUCCAUGGCUAUAGCUGUUGCUGCUCCUGUUUGGGUACCUGCAUGUGUCCUGCUAACGCACAUUGCCUGCAUAUUUGUUUAUGAUAUAGACUCCCCAACUGGAAUGAGAAAAUGGAGUGCCAUUCUUCAAGCAAUUGGUCUUCAUCUUAUUGUUCUUGGGGUGUUACAGGCCAUUUUCUCUUUUCUCACAGCAACCUUAAUAUGUCCAGUUUUAGCAGCUGCUGUUUUAUUGUAUGGAUUAGUUCGCCGUGGGUUAAGACAUGUCUGGGAUGCAAUUAUGUUCCAUGCUGUAAUUAAAAAGCGUGGUCGUAUCCCAGCCUCUGAUAGUUUCCUUGUGAGGCGUAUAGCAGGACCUGGCUUACAUAAUAAUUUCUAUUACCAGAUAAGCUGUGAACAGGCAUUAGCAUCUUUUGAAGCAAGACUGGAAAUGGAUGAACUGGCAGUGUAUCAGCAUGAGAUGGAAGCUAUUAUCCAGAAGCCACUUCAUGUUUACACGGAUUUUGUGCAGCAUUGUUUUGGUCCAUUUAGUGGCGUUAUUGGCAGAACUGGCAACUAUGACAGAGUGGAAAGAGAAGUACGAGAUUUAAUUCUAACACUGCAAGAAAAAAUUGACAGACGGAGAAGAGAUCUGGCGUUGGGCCUGCCUAUCAGUGUCAGGUCAAAAAUCAAGCUGACUACCAGAGAAUUAAAGUUGGCUCUUAAACAAGCUACCAUAAUGCUUGAAGACUUCUACCCAUCUCAUGUGUUGAAUCGAAUCAUUGACCAGCAGGGGGCUGAACCUUCUGGCAAUGAUGUUGGGGCAAUUUUAAACCGGCUUGAUACAGUGCAAGGGAAUAAUGCAUCUGCACCAAAGCAUGUAGGAAUUUUGGAGAGAGGUGGUGUGAUAAGUGGAACAAGAAAAGGUGGACCAACAGAACCAAAGUUUGCAACAGUAGAGGAAUGGUGGGACAGCAAAGGACUUGCCUUAGAUACUGUCGUUCACAUGGAAUAUCAGAGAGGUGAUUAUGGAGGCCUGGCUUCAUUAAUGUUUACAGAAAUCUUCAGUUCAGAUUUCUUGACACCAAUGGAAGAGUCAGACACAAGUUUCCAAAUGGAGGUACAUGGUGUAAGCUUAUCACGAUACACAGAGAUGACACGCUGCAUGCUGGAUCGACCUGACUUAGAUGAGAAAUUAACUGUCCAUACACCUCGUGGUAAUAUCCAGGUCCAUGCUCCUUACCUGGACCUGGCCUCCUUCACUCCUCUUGUUCGACAUGGUGUACCCACGCACCGCACAGGCAAGGCAAGCCUUGCAGCCCGACUAUCGCUAAGGCUCAAUCCUGGACGAAGAAUGGGUAAAGAUGAUGUUUGGAAAUCCUUGUAUGGAAGCAGAGUUCCAGAGAAGCUUCUGAUUCCACCACCCAUACCCCAUCCUGCCCACAUCGCUGUUAUUAUCCACAAUCGUGAAGCUUCUGAACCUAUUCAUCUUGAUGCCCCGCUAACCUUACAGGUUAUCCGUACCAUCGAAGAUUCUCCACAUGUUAUUGCAGCUCUCACCUCAUUGGGUGAAGAAGAGACUCCAGUAUCUGACUCCCGCUCCUCCUCCCUUUCACACGAUCGUUCACUUUAUGAUGAUCCCUCCCUUUAUGAUGGACCCUACAGCAGUGCUUCACGAUCAGGCACAGCAGACAGAAGGAGUACUCGUUGUUCACUUGGACGCUCACGCACUGCCACAUUGGAAAUGACAGCAACUUUAGAUCGUAUAUCAACUAUGGAACAGCGCACAAACAUGAAUGAAUAUAAUAGGUCUAGCACGUUAGAAUUAACUCCUACAAGAAUGGCUCAAAGGUUGGCAACACCACUUCGUUCUCUACUUGAGGGACAGCGCCCAUUCACAGUCUCUCUCAAUCUUGCAUCUGCAGAAGAUGUCAGUCUUGAAGUGGAAGAAGAAGAACAGCCUAUUCCUCUCCAGCCCCUUACUCACUCUACUUAUACAACAGCUGUGUGAUAACUAGCAUAGGGGUAGCGGAUAUCCCUCCAUUCAUUCAAAAAAUUUUGUAUGUAAAUCUGAAUAAUAAGGAAUGCAGUUUCUUCUUGGCUAUAAGUGUGUUCUAUCCUUUACUGCCCUGUAGGAUGGUAGAGGAGUACUGUACUGUUUUACUCCAACCAUAAACCUAUUCCAUGUUAUAUUACUCCAUGAGAAAAAAAUUUCUUCUCAGGGCUGAUUCCCAGAUUCAAGGCCCUACUGCCACUGGCUAUUGAGUCAGGGAUUUAAUUGUCCUAGCUUUCAUUUACUGGGCACACACCUGAUCUAUCAUGUUGCUGGAAGAAUGCAUUGGGAGUAUAACAAAAUCAAAAUCUAUUUAGUCUUCUAUAAUUUCUUCUAAAUAUUUCAUGCCUUAUUUUUGAAGAAGACUACUGAAAAGGAGGACACUGCUGAAGUACCUACAGUUCAUAUAUAAAUUAUGGGAAAGAAUAUGGAAAAAUGUCAAUAUGCUACAUAAGCAUAUUGUAUAUGCUCAGUAUGAUAACUGUUGGUAUAAUGCCAGUGGUUGAAUGAUUAACUUACAGAAUUCUGUAUAGUAUUAUGGUUGUGUGGCACAAGCUCGAGUGCAUAGAGGGAUAUAAAGUACAGUGUGUAAGUAUUUAAGUCUGUGAUCAUAUGAAUUUUUUUAAAAUUAUACACAAUAUCCAUUACAAGACUGAAAUUAUUAACAGUAAUAUAAUUUCAGAUGGUCAUUUGUUUUCUGUUGUGAGGACUACAAUUCAUAAAAAUGUGUAUCAUAAAGAUAUUUCUGUAUAUGCAGUAGGUCUUCAUUCUAAGACAGGCUUGUAAAACUAGAUUUUUUUAGAACAAAACAUUAUUGAUAGUCUUUAAUAAUAUAAAUUUAGAUAUAAUAAAAUCUUUAUUUUGCUUAACAAAGUCCAUCUACAAUCAAGUUUCACUUGUUGUCUUCUUAGGCUGGGGACCUCACUGUAUGGGUAAAACAAUGUUUUAAUUACAUUUUCUUGAAGAAUGUUUCAUCUGAUAAUUAUGCACUAUAUUGUUAACAGAUUCUUAAAUAAUAAUAAAAUUACAAACUAAUUUCUCAAUGAAUGGAGCAUUUGUAGGGGACUUUAUGUGGUUAACCCUUCAGAUGUGAGGCAAACACUUUAUCACUGACAUUAAAGGAAUCUUGUCUGUGGUGCAGUGAUAAAGUGCUUGUCUCUGUCUUGCAGGGUUGGAAGAUACUGGCUCAUAUAAUUCCUCAAUCAUAAAUUAAGUUAGUAUGAUCUCAGUGUGUUGGAGAAAUUUGAGCACAUGCAUUCUAUUGUUUCCAUGCACUGUUUUUGAAAACUACAUCUUUUGUCUCUUUAGAAAAAAAAGAGGGGAGGUCUCUUUAGGAUUAUGAAACUUAAUUUUAUAGUUUUAUGAUUAAUUAAAUUAAAUGUAAUGUAAUUUUCUUGUGAUAAAGUGAAGUGCAGUUACAACAGCUGAAAUUAUUUUAUUACUGAAAUUAUGCUAUAAAUCUGAAUUUUUUUGAAAAGAAAACAUUGGUCAGCAUUACCUGAAAGGUUAUCUCACAAAAAUAUUUAUUCUUAUAAAUAAUCUGCAUAUUUUGUAUUGGCAACAUUGGGAUAGAUAGGGAAGUCAGUUUUUCCCACAAUAAUGAUGAGUUAAGAUUAGUUCAGUCAUUACUAAUUAGAUGUGCAUAGUGUGUAGGAAAAUCAAGGAGAAUGCUUGGCUCUAGGGUUUUAAAACAUUGAGCACCAGUAUUGUUCCCAAGUGAUAUAAUUCUACAAGUUAAUAUAUGCAGAAUGUUUAAGAAAACUGUCAUUGUGGUAUCAGACUGUGCAGUUUUGUCUUUAUUUAAGAGUAUUUGAUUGAGCUUUAGAAUGUGAUGUUCUGUCUCAGUAUUUUGUCAGGGAGAUAACAGUUUGGUUCAUUUAUAAAUAGAGCUGUAUGGUCUACAUUUGAGAGUUAGCUUUGUGAAUCUCUUUAGGUAUUUUUUAAGAGAGGUUUUCUUGCUUGUGUUGUUUGAAUUUACUUUUUUUUAUAUAGUACUGUAGUACCAUUGGUAUCACUCUUAUGUAAUAUGCUUUAUUGUACAGCAUUGGAAAGAUAAGACAUACAUUUGUUUAGCAUUAAUCAGUACUCAUUUUCAUAAUCAUUAGAGUAUUCAGUCAUAUUAGUGGAUUUCAUUACUCAUUUCAUGCAUCAUAUGGUUACUGUAGGAUUUAGAAGUUUAAGAUUGAUACUGCAGCUGUUGAGAUGAUUGGCAGUCUUGUGUAUUCUCAUUUACUAAAUUCCAUAAGAGUUCUUUACACAUACAAAUAGCAUUUUUAGUACCGGUUCUGUAUGGAAUUUUUAAUACAGCACAUGUAAUCAAAAAGCUUACAUUGGAUGGAAUUCAUAAAAUAUGAAGUAAUUUUUUAGGUAUGUACUAUGUAUACCUUGACUCAUUUAAAUUAGCAUUAAUUUUGAAAAUUAAAUCGGCAUAAUUAAUAGGACACAAGAACAUUGAGUGUGUGUACAGUGUACAUAAAACUGUGUGCCCAUUUGUAAAUUUUGUAAUAUUUUUUCUUCUUUAAACCUGAUAUCUUGCCAAAUAUAAAUAUAGAACAUGAAAA